UUAAAGUGCGAAAAAUAUAUGAAAAUGUUAGGGUUGCUAUUGCACAAUUUUUAAACAAUUGUAUUCAAUCGCUAUGAACUCAAAAAACUAAUACGAUCAAGAUAAAAUUGUAUGUUAUGCAAGGAUGAUAUCCUAUACAAAAUGUAAAAGUAUUACAUUAAUAAGUAAUUGUAAAUGCAAACUAUGUCUGAUGACGCAGAACCUUAUGAUAUUUUUCGGCAUAGCUGGUUGCGUUACUUGGGUUACGCGAAUGAAUUAGGUGAAGCCUUUAGACCCCUUGUCAGAGUCUCGAUAGUACGAGCGCUAUAUUUUGUCGAUACAAGUUAUAUCAUCGCGGAUGCAAUAGACAAAACAAUUAAAAUAAGAAACACAGAUAAGAGUGAUAGAGUAGCUUUAAUUACUUUUUCCGAUGCUAUUUUAUGGCAGAUGAUGGCAUCCGUUGUAAUAUCAGGAUACACUAUAAAUCGAAUAACUUGGACUACUGGACGUUUGCUCACAUAUGUAAAGGCAUAUAAGAGAAUUAUUAAUAUAGUUCCUACAGCUACAGGCAUAGCAUCCAUUCUAAUUAUAGCACCUCCUAUUGAUAACUUGGUUAAUCGCAUUAUGAAUUAUACAUUCAGAAAAUGGUUCAAAAUUAAUUAAUAGUAGAUCAUAUAGAUCAUAUUGUC